CAAGAUGCAGUGGUUAGUUUUCUGCGCUAAGAUCUUGAUCUGUAUUUCCAUUGCAUAUGCAAAUAUACAAUGCUCUGUUUCAGAUAAGGAGACAGCUUUGGUAACAGCCCUCCUGGUAAACUUGGAACGGACAGUUGAAGCAAAUAGCCCUCCAGAUCCCAGUGUACUCUUGGCAUUAACUUUGGGCAGUAGUAUAGACACCGAUGCCAAAAUCUUGCUGACACAACAACUAAAAGAGGACUUAGCUAUGAAAGUGUCUCAAGAUCUGCCCUUUAGCUCUGGCAGACUUGCACUUUACACCCUUGCCCUUCGUUCCUCCUGCUGUGAUCCCACUAAAAUACCUACUGCUAAAGGAGACAUCAAUCUUGUAUAUAUGCUAGAGGAAAAAACGCAAGAGGAGAUAGCUAGCAUCGAAAAUACUCAGUCACCACUGACCACCCUUUACCAGGUGGCUCUGGAUGUCCUUGCACUUUGUGUCAUGUCUAGUCCUGAAGCAUUUCAAGCUGCAUACACACUUUCCAAAGUUAUUCCACCAAAUCCAUCUGGACAUUCGUUUUCUGUUGACACUGCAGCCAUCGGAGUAAUGGGAUUCACUUGUGUACUUGCCAUGGAUGGUGUCCCCCCUCAGAUGCUGAAGGCAAUGAAGAUGGCUCAUUCCACACUUUUAACUCUGAUUCUUAGUGAGCUAAAGAGCGAUGGGGUCAUUGGAAAUAUUUACACCACUGGUCUCGCAGGGCAGGCUCUUACAUCAGCACAGUCCUAUUAUACUCCAGAAUACUGGAACUGCCCCUGUACACUACAGCAAGUGUUGCAACAGAUUCCUCUGGGAACCUUUGCCCAGCCAGGGCCUGCUUCACAGGUGCUACCCUUCCUAAAUGGUAAAAAUUACGUGAAUGUAAAAGACAUUCAGUGCAGUUAUAAUGCUAAUCCUAUCACAGUUGAAUACACCAUAGUGAAUAAUCUUGUGGGAGACAACUUUAAAAGCUUUAUCCAGAUUUCAGUAAAUGAGGGUUCCACAUUACUGCAAGUCAUGGCAAAAGCUGCAGAAGACAAUCCAAAGGAAUUCAGUUUUAAAACAGAAGAAACCUCUUUUGGACCAUUUGUAACAACUAUUAAUCAUCUCAGUGGAAGCAACAAUGACAAAACAUUCUGGCAGUUUUUUAGUGGAUCCACGCCUUUAAAUGAAGGUGUUGGAGUGUACAAACCAAGCAACAAGGAGCAUAUCUUAGCUAUAUUUAGCAAAUACUGAUUUAUUGUUUAAAUAAAUUUGUGUUAAUUCUUUUGUUUUUACUUUGUUCUACCUUUGUUUUUCCUUUUGCAACUCCAGAUGCAAAACCACAUACUAAAAAGAUUGCAUCCUGGAAAAUAGUCACUUCUAUAGUCACUUAUUCUAACAAAGAGAUAUAGUUGUUUUCCUUAGUGUAAUAAAUAUAGUCGGCCAACUGUAAUUCCAUAGUGCAGGCUGUAUAGGCUUCAAAGACUUGAAUACAUGUAGGGUAGCUUAAUGCCUGUCCUCUUUUGGUCACUGUGUCUGAACAAUAAAGAUAUCAGGGUUGCCAUAUCAUCUUAAAUGUGUGAAAAGUCUUUGCUUUUAUUACUUAUAAUUACUGUAAUUAAAUUAAUGUAACCAUAUACCACGAAAGGGGGUGUUCAUAUUUCCUCUCUCUUAAAGGGGAUCAAACUGUAAAAAAACUAAUUGAUACAAACUUAUUCAAAGUGCUCCUUUGGGCACUUUUGUUAAUAAAAUGUAAAUU